AUGGACCAGGCCUGGGACGGAGACCGCGGGCCUCGGCCAAGCACAGCCAGCAUCCAAGUGCGGGAGCUGAGCUCACAAGGCCUGCACAACCCCCAGCCUUGGAGCAAGGCCCCAGGCCACCGUGGGCAUGGCCACAGCAAGCAGCUGGCGGAGGAGUGCCUGUCGCCCGCCAGGCUGCAGGCCCUGGCCCAGGUCGAUGACCUCCGACUGGUGAGCGUGCUGGAGAUGUGUGUCAACACCCGUGAGAACAGCCUGGGGAGCUUCGGGCUGCACCUGCCCAACCUCAGCCAGCUGAAGCUGAACGGCAGCUGCCUGGGCUCCCUGAGGGACCUGGGCACCUCCCUGGGCCGCCUGCAGGUGCUCUGGCUGGCCCGCUGCGGCCUGGCCGACCUGGAUGGCAUCAGCUCCUUUCCUGCCCUGAAGGAGCUCUACGUCUCCUACAACAACAUCUGGGACCUGAGCCCGCUUUGCCUGCUGGAGCAGCUGGAGGUGCUGGACCUAGAAGGCAACUGCGUGGAGGACCCGGGGCAGCUGCGUUACCUGCAGCUGUGCCCGCGGCUGGCUACGCUCACCCUGGAGGGCAACCCACUCUGCCUGCGGCCAGGCUCCGGCCCAACCCACCAGGUGCCCCAGGGCUACAACUACAGGGCAGAGGUCAGGAAGCUCAUCCCCCAGCUGCAGGUCCUGGACGAGCUGCCCGCCGCGCACACGGGCCCGCUGGCCUCUCGGAAGCUGGACCAGGACUGGCUCCUGGUGAAGGAGGCCAUCAAGGAGGGCUGCAUCCUAGACAGCCUGCUCCCCAGGCCGGAUCGAACCCACUGCUCCCCUGAGCUGUGCCUGCCUGAGACCCAGCCCCAGGCCCCCAGGCGCUGGCCUCUCUCCCUGCUGGUUCCCGGGGUGCUCCUGCCUGAAGGCCUCCUUCCCAAGGGCCCAGCCCCAGAGGAUGACGCCAGCAACCUCACCCACGGCGCCGGCCGGGUCCUCUGUGGGAAUCCCACCAAAGGCCUGCGGGAGCGUCAGCACCGGCGCCAGGCUGGGGUGCACCCAGAGAAGCUGCCCUCUCCCAGGCCGGAAGAGCUGGCCCCCAGGGCCUCCACCUCAAGGCCUGACCCUGCCGACGAUCGCGACCUCCUGGCCUGGGCUGGGCUUCAGGCUUCGCGGGAGCUGCGCCUGCGGUGGGCGCCCCUGCCCCACACCCUAUGUGCUCUGAUCAGGGCAGGGGGGGGCUUGUGGCUGGGACCUGCCUUGGCUGAGUGGUCCCUGGUCCCUGGGUGGCUGGAGGGUCGGGUCACGGGAGCCCAAGGCUGCCCCAAGUCACACUCCUCUGGGAUCUGCUCCAAAGGAGGAGCAGGCUGCAACCUCCCCCGCCCACACCCCAGCCCCCUUCCCAGUAGGUGCCCAGAGUCCUGGAAGGAGAGGGCCGCAGCCCCCUGGGGCCCACAGAGGGGCCCUGAAGAGCAAGAGGACAAGGCUGGGCCCAAGCCUCACCGCAGCCCCCUAUGCCUGGCCCCAGAGUCUUCCAGGACCUCGGGGUACAACCUGAUCCCCUGUCCCCCCAAGUCCUUCAUGCCAGACCAGGGCCGCAACUCCUGGGGGUCCGCAGAUCUACAGUUCCGGGGGCGUAGGCUCAGAACCCUGGGUAGUUUGGGGCCUGGCCUGGGUCAGGGGCUGGCUCCAGUGACUGCUCUGAGAGCCCAAGAAUUGACCUUGGGCCCCAGUCCUCAAGCAGAGGGAUGUCCAGGCCCAAAGCCAGCCCCAGACUCAGCAGCCAGACCCCCAGCCUCCGGUGCAUGCCGCACCUGA